UAUAGCUCUGGCCUUCUGCUUAACUGGAGCUGCACUCCCUUCUCCCUUUCAUAAUCCCACAACUGAGCAACUGAACUCGUGAAAGAACAACUAUACCAAGAUGUCAGAUCAAUCAGCCUUUGAUGUGGAUGUGUGGACCCUAACCCGCUUUGUUAUGGAGACUGGACGACAGGCGAAGGGAGCUACUGGAGAGCUGACCCAGCUGAUAAAUUCCAUGCUGACGGCCAUCAAAGCCAUCUCAUCUGCCGUCCGAAAAGCGGGCCUUGCCCACCUGCAAGGAAUUGCCGGCACAGUGAAUGUCACUGGAGAUGAUGUAAAGAAGCUGGAUGUCCUGUCCAAUGAUCUCGUUGUCAACAUGCUUCGUGCAUCAUACAGCACCUGCCUGCUGGUCUCUGAGGAAAAUAAAGAUGUCAUAAUCAUUCCAGCUGAAAAGAGAGGUAAAUACAUUGUUUGUUUUGAUCCUCUGGAUGGUUCAUCCAAUAUUGACUGUCUGGCAUCAAUAGGCACCAUUUUCGCAAUCUACAAAAGGGUUACAGAUGGUGAACCGACUGAAGAAGAUGCCUUACAGCCAGGAACCCAGAUUGUCUGUGCAGGCUAUGCACUGUAUGGAAGUGCCACACUGGUGGCCCUCAGCAUGGGUGCUGGACUUAACUUUUUCACAUUAGAUCCAGCAGUGGGUGAGUUUAUUCUCACAGAGAGAAAUGUGAAGAUCAAAAAAAAGGGAAAAAUCUAUAGUAUUAAUGAAGGUUAUGCCAAGUACUUUGAUUCCGCUGUGAACGAGUAUGUAAAGUGGAAGAAGUAUCCCGAGGAUGGAAGUGCACCAUAUGGUGCCAGAUAUGUAGGGUCCAUGGUAGCUGAUAUUCACCGCACCAUUGCAUAUGGAGGCAUCUUCAUGUAUCCGGCAAAUGAGAAAAGCCCAAAAGGAAAGCUAAGGCUCCUGUAUGAGUGCAACCCCAUAGCCUUCAUUAUAGAGCAAGCUGGGGGUGCAGCCACCACCGGCACAGAGCGAGUACUAGCAGUGAAACCAGAGGCACUUCACCAGCGCGUACCAUUUGUCGCUGGCUCCCCAGAUGAUGUGGAGGAGUACCUUUCCUUUGUCAAGAAGCACCAGAAAUAGCUUUAACAGUAAAGUAUUAUGAUGUAUAAUAAAAAUAGGUGAAUAAGGUC